AUGGAUUUCCGAAACUGCGUGUCUAGCGAGGACUACAUGUUCGAAAUAAAAAACAAUGAGCAGCUGUUCGAUGGGAGCAGAAUGGUGAGCAACAUCAAACCGUUAUGGAGCUUCAAAGGACACGAUAAUUCCAUUGAGGGGAUCCAGCUCGUGGGCGAAAAGGAGUUUGCAACAAUUUCGCACGAUUGUCUGGUGUCUGUUUGGUCAUUAGAGGAUGAAAAAAAGAGUGCAACGAAGGUGAAGAACAUUAAGCUGGCUAACCCGAUACUAUGUUCCAGCUACCAUGAAAGGAUGGGAUACCUGUGUACCGGAAUGACAAACAAAAAUGACAACAUAUGCGUAAUCGACAUGGCCGAAAAGAAGGUUAAAGAAAUAUUAGCUAGCCAAUGUAAUUCAAUUUUUUGCAUGAACUAUUUUGAUGAAAAUAAAAUAACCUAUGGAAGUAAGGAAGGAUCCAUUUGUCUAAUAGAUUUAAAUAAAAAAAAAAAUGUCUACAGAUAUGAAGAGAUAGGUGACUGUUUAAAUUAUUGCACUUGUAAUGAGGAACAUAAGGUACACAUUUUUAGUUCCUACAAAGGGAACAUGCUAUUUUUUGACUUCAGACAAGCAUUGCCUAUUCUUAAAAAUGGAGACCUACACUCUAAGUAUUCUAUCAAUACAGUUUUUUCAGAUGGAAGUUCCUUGUACUCAGGAGGAUCCGACUGUUUAGUGAAAAAAUUUGACUUACGUUUGCUCGAUGAGAAGAAGCCGUUGGAAAUAUAUGUUGGACAUACUUCACCUAUUCGUUUUUUAUCCUUCUCGAAAAAAUAUGAUAAUCUCUUUUGCUCUUCAUCAGAUAAUGGUAGUAUAAAACUUUGGCAAACUGAGAAGAAUGUGGAUGGAAUGAACAGGUCAAGUACGUCUCUAGCUGGUCCAGUUUCCACUCCUGGGGAGAGUGCAAGUUGUGCCUUUCUGCCUCCCCUUCCUGGAGACUUAACCACCAAAACGGUUACAGAUAGGAACAAAAAUGGAGGAAAGAACUUCCUACAGUUGAACAAAAAAACGGUUAGAAGUAACCGAUCCAGUUCUAUCGUAUCUGAGUGCAAUUAUAGAAAAUCUCCUGAUUUGUUAAGAAAAGAAAAUAGCAACAAAAAUUAUGACAAAGUGGGCAAGGUGGAACGGGCUAGUAUGCUCGACACGCAUAGGAAGAGGACAUUGACUCCAAAUGUGCAGAUCAUCCACGAGAAGAGAGUCCAAGUCAUGUCCAGGAAUGAGUUAUUCAACGUUAUUAAAACGAAGGGUGUAAAUAGUAGGAAGGAAAUUGCGCAAAAUUCUGCGAGUAAGAUUUAUUUAGGGAACGCCAGGGAGGGACCCACUCAGGGGGAAAUCAAAGGGGCGAGAACCUCUAGCAGGUUAAAACUACCACUGACAUCGCAUCAUUGUGCACCCACCUCUAAGAAUAGCACCAGUUGUAGGAACUUCAAGGGGAAAAACAAAAUUAGCAUAAGCGUUUCGAAUGACGCCACUAAGGGGGGAGGUAACCAAUUGGGAUUGCAACCCCACCAGUUCGACAUUCCCUUUUUACUUUUCAAUGAAAGCGAUUUGGCCAGCAGUCAUGCGAAGAAAAUUCAAAUAAGACACUCCACUUUGUCCAUGUUGAACCAUAGAAGUCGCGUUUCUGCGAUGGUGUGGGUGGGUGACUUGGUCUUGUCUACGUCGUGGGACCAGACGGUGAAAUGUUGGGACGUUUGUGGGCACGCCGGGGAGUAG